CCGAGCCCGAGCCGAACCGAGCCGCCCGGCUGCUCUGCCCCGCGCCCGCAGCCGCUGUCUGCUCGUCUCGCGGCCCCGCGCCCGCCCCCUCGGUCCUUCUGCUCAAUGAAAUUGGCUGCGAUGAUCAAGAAGAUGUGCCCGAGCGACUCGGAGCUGAGUAUCCCGGCCAAGAACUGCUAUCGCAUGGUGGUCCUCGGCUCGUCCAAGGUGGGCAAGACGGCCAUCGUGUCGCGCUUCCUCACGGGCCGCUUCGAGGACGCCUACACACCCACCAUCGAGGACUUCCACCGCAAGUUCUACUGCAUCCGCGGCGAGAUCUACCAGCUCGACAUCCUCGACACGUCCGGCAACCACCCGUUCCCCGCCAUGCGGCGCCUCUCCAUCCUCACUGGAGACGUGUUCAUCCUGGUGUUCAGCCUGGACAACCGCGACUCCUUCGAGGAGGUGCAGAGGCUCAAGAGGCAGAUCCUGGACACCAAGUCUUGCCUCAAGAACAAAACCAAGGAGAACGUGGACGUGCCCCUGGUCAUCUGUGGCAACAAAGGGGACCGGGACUUCUACCGCGAAGUGGAGCAGCGCGAGAUCGAGCAGCUGGUGGGCGCCGACCCCCAGCGCUGCGCCUACUUCGAGAUCUCGGCCAAGAGGAACAGCAGCCUGGACCAGAUGUUCCACGCGCUCUUCGCCAUGGCCAACCUGCCGCGCGAGAUGAGCCCGGACCUGCACCGCCGGGUGUCGGCUCAGCACUGCGAGGCGCUGCGUGGCAAGAGGCUGCGGCGAGCGGGGGGCGAGCGGGACGACGCCUUCGGCAUCGUGGCGCCCUGGGCGCGCCGGCCGAGCGUGCACAGCGACCUCAUGUACAUCCGCGAGAAGGCCAGCGGCGGCGGCCAGGCCAAGGCCAAGGCCAAGGAGCGCUGCGUCAUCAGCUAG